CCGGGUUUAUCAAUCAAUCGGAAUCGAACGCUCGUCGAGGAAGGACGAUCCUCCACCGAACAAACAAAACACCCGCAGUCUGUGUGAUCUUCUCUCGAGUGUGUGAAAGGCCGCGGAAAAAAACUGCCGGCGACUUCAGCGGGUUCAGUCGGCGUUGGUCGAGCUCGGGCGAAGGAGCAAAGUAAUUCAUCAGUGGUCGGUUGGUGGCGCAAAGUGAAAAAGUCGAUUGGUGAAGGAACAGCAGCUGACGGAGCUAGCCAUGCAGAUUGUGGGACUCCUGGUUUCGCUUCUGUUGGCCCUGUGCUGCCUCUGUCUCGGGACGGUCCGGUGUUGGCCAGUCUCCAAUCCGGAGAUGGUCGACAGUUUGAUCUUCAGUAACCCCGAGGUGGCGGCCCAAUCGAUGCGGGAGAUUCCACAGUGGCACUGUUUGCGGUACUUCAAGCACGAUAUCCACCUGAUGAGGCGCUGCCGCAACUACCGGUUGCAUAUGUUGAGGCGACCGAACGACAUGAUCUAAGGUGGGGGUGGAGGUGGAGAUGCCGUAUAAGCGAGGAUGGGGGUUCCCUCGAGAAACCGGAUGCGGAUAUUGCGAAGAGGCUCAACGCACGACGGAAGAUUGAUCGUCGUGAUAAUUUAGAAUUAUAUUGCUGCAUUUAGGUCGCUUCAGGCUACCACCACACAAUUAUCUCUAUCAUCGUCGAUUGGUGUUACGGCAGAGCGAGUGGAGAAAUAUACAAUAGGAACGAGAAGUGUGUAUGUUUAAAAUGUGUAAUUAUUUAAUGUAGCUAAGCAUGAAGAAGACGUUUUACGAAAACUAUCGAAUCAGUGGCAUUCACAUUACACUCAAAAGUAAUGGCUAAAGAAGCAGAAGUGAGGCAGUCUACCAUAUCUGAAUAUCGUAAGAAUGAUUAUAAUAUAAUACUUUGUUGUUUUUUUAGUAUUCAACCAUAAAAAUUGUUGAUUUGCUUGAUCAGUGAGAUUACCAAUGAAAAAACAAGUAUGCAAAUAUAUACACAUACAGAAAAUUAAAA